ACAAGACCAUCCAGCUCCAUCAACAAUUCAUAAACAAGUUCCCAGGCUCAUCUUUGUUCAGCCUCGCCAAUUCUUUUUCUUCCAAAGAAGGAACAAAAGAAGGGCAGCAAAAGCAGCAUCGGCGAUAAAGCUCGGCAUUCCACUUUACUGCCGGCCUCUCAAAGCCCCCUUCAUCUCCCUAUAGAUGGGCAACACAGAGCUACUUCAACCGGCUAUAACUAUCCCAUGCUCCACCAAGUGUCUUAAGAGUGGCUUUGGAUUGACUCUAGAAUUACGCCUCUCGGAUGGAUCUAAGAAUAGGCUUCACAGGAUUACUCUGCUUCCUCCUCAUCUAUUUCUCUACUGCAACCUUCUUCGUUCAUUGUGAGGCAAGAAGCUCAAGGCAGUCCCAGAACUCCUUAGGCUUUCAAGAGGUGAAAUAUCCACAUAGAAGCUUACAACUUGAAGUGUCAAAGCGUUUGGACAUCUACUCACCCUCAGAUCCCAACUACGUAGGUUCUCCAGACUCAUUGCCACCAUUUGGUGAUGCAAUGGGCCCUACCUCCUCCCCCGAUGAAAACCCGCCUUAUUGUGUUUAUCCCCCACUCACUCCCCUUCCACCUUCCACCCCCCUUCCAACCCCUAUAGCCCCCAUUCAACCAUCACCACCAUCUCCGCCUCUGCCUCCGCCUCCGCCACCAAUUUCCACUGCUCCGCCGGUCCUCACCCCGAUCCCGCCGGGAUAUCCCACACCACCAAGCCCACCUGAGGCCGCCCCAAGUCCACCAGAAUUGGUGCCAAGCCCACCAACCUACAUUCCGGGUCCACCAUCCGGCAUCGUGCCAAUUCCACCAGCAUAUGGGCCCAGCCCGCCUAUCUAUGUGCCAUACCCGCCGCCAGGCAUCGUCCCGAGCCCGCCGGGCAUCGUCCCGAGCCCGCCGGGCGUCUUCCCGAGCCCGCCGGGCGUCGUCCCGAGCCCGCCGGGCGUCGUCCCGAGCCCGACGCCUGUCGUCCCGAGCCCGACGCCUGUCGUCCCGAGCCCGCCGGGCGUCGUCCCGAGCCCGCCAGGGUUCGCGCCCGGACCACCAAUCUUCCUACCUCCGGUGGUAUACCCACCGCCGCUCGCACCGCCGCAGGCGCCUGGCGGGCCUUCUCGGGGCCUUUGGUGCGUCGCAAAGCCCACCGUGCCGGAGCCCAUAAUCCAAGAGGCCAUGAACUAUGCAUGUGGAUCGGGAGCGGAUUGUGACUCCAUCCAGCCCAAUGGGUCGUGCUACCAGCCUGAUACGUUGAUCGCUCACGCUUCCUUCGCGUUUAAUAGCUACUGGCAGCGGACCAAGGGGACCGGGGGGACGUGCGAUUUUGGAGGAACUGCCAUGCUGGUGACCAAAGAUCCAAGUUACGAUGGUUGCCGGUUCAUCGUCUACUAAAGCUACGAAGAAAUUUGGAUACACCCUAACAUGAUCUAUACAAGCCAAAAAAAAGACUUGUAAUUAUUCAUCUUUCUGUAAUUUUCUUUCUUUACCUUUUUCUUUCCUUUUCCUUCAAAUUGCUACCGUAAUAGUUGUUUUUUCACAACUCAACCCUACAUGGGUGCAUUACCAGGCUGCCUAGGGAGUAAACGGAGAGUUUUCCCUAGUUUGCGAGAGAGUCAUCUUUAUUUUUAUUUCAGAUUGUAAUAUAUACGUAGAGAAUUCUACCGGUUCUACCGGGCUUAAAUAAGUUCAUGGAAGUUACAUUUUAGUUUUA